ACAACAACAAAUGCAACAUUGGUAGCACUGUGUUGCUAGCUACGGCUAGCUUUAGCAGCAAACGUUUUUAUUCUGUUCCAACCUCAUGUGAACAUUUUAUCAAGCUACUCUUAAGAUGGACAAGUUUGUGGUGCGGCUACCUAAAGGAGACAGGCCCAAAACGUCGAGGAGUACCGAGAAGAAUUACAAGCAAACCACCAUAGAAUCCUUACGAAGGGUGGUCGUCAUUGAGGACAUAUUGCGCUAUAAAUCCACACUGGAGCUGCCAGGACAGAGCAGGGACAACAUGCUGAGUGCCUUGGACGCCUUGAGCAAGAAGAUGCCAUCCAAGGAGGUGCUGAAGUCAACCAAAAUAGGUCACACCGUCAACAAAUUGCGGAAGCACCCAGAGCCUGAAGUGAGCUUGGCGGCUUCCGGAGUGUACACUGCCUGGAGGACGUUUGUGGAGGAGAAUUCCAAUAAGCCGUCAAUCGAAGUGCACUCGGACAAGCAAUCGGAAGGCCUUAGGAGCAAUGCCAGGAGACUUCUGGCUGAAGCGCUGGAGCUCAAGGAGGACUGCGGCCUGGUGGACAACACCGAGAGGGAAGUGUUCCACCAGAGCGGUCGGCUUGUCAGCGGCUCGUACCGGAGGACAGUACGGACGCUGGUGUUCGCCUUCAAACGGCAGCCUGAGCUCCGAGCGAAGCUAAAGCGGGAUCAUGCCUCGGUUGCCCAGCUGGUGUCCAAGUAUAAGCGAUAAGCUUUUUAUCUUGUGUUGAAUGUAAAUAUGCAAUUUAUGAUUGGCGAUGUAUGUUUUUAUUCUUAAUUAUGCUUUGUUUUCAUACUGUAUCAAAAGUGUGAAUUAAAAAUAAUCUUUCACACA